AUGGGGAACAACAGCAGCUCCACGGUGGAUGAUCUGCAGACUGUUGAGAUCCACCACUGGUACAAAAAGUUCAUGACGGAAUGUCCUUCCGGACAGCUGACGGAGCACGAAUUCAAACAGUUCUUCGGGCUUCGAGGGCUGGAUCCAGAGGCCAAUGAGUACAUCGAGCAGAUGUUCCGCACGUUUGACAUGAAUAAGGAUGGAUAUAUUGACUUCAUGGAAUACGUGGCUGCCCUCAGCCUCGUUCUCCGUGGGAAGAUGGAACAGAAACUGCGGUGGUAUUUCAAACUCUAUGAUGUGGAUGGCAACGGCUGCAUCGAUCGACACGAAUUACUCAACAUCAUUAAGGCUAUUCGAGCUAUCAAUGGUGGUGACCAUGAAACUAGUGCAGAAGAGUUCACCAAUCGAGUCUUUAAUAAAAUUGAUGUGAAUGGAGAUGGUGAACUUUCUCUGGAUGAAUUUGUGGAAGGAGCCAGGAAAGACGAGGAGUUCAUGGAGGUUAUGAUGAAAAGUUUGGACCUGUCCCACAUUGUGGCCAUGAUCAACAACCGCCGGCACAGCGUGUAA